UCACGUCACUCAAAUCAAGCUUCCACCGCCGAGCAAAGCUUCUUUCUGAGCCAAGUUCACCUUUCUUGCCUCACGUUCGCACUUCAUCUCUGCGCCUUCAACCUUUCGAACAAGAACAAUACCAGUCAACAACAUGGGUACACCAUCGUGGGCCAUUCCCGUCGGAGUCCUCGCCGGUCUCUGCGUCGCGUGUCUAGCAUUCAUCUGGUGGUACAUUCCUCGUUUGUACAACAAGGGAAUCCGAGAGGACAUGAGUCGUGUCGCUGUUGAAAAGGCAGAACGUGCACGUCAAGCUGCUGCGUUACGAGAGGCGAACGGAGAGACUGGCGACCUGGAGGCCGGGGCUGAUGCAGAAGGCGUAAUUGUGACACCGGUGCCGGCUAAAUUCAAGUACACACCUCCAGCGUAUACGGCUUACUAGGAGAGUUUGUUCUAGGAUGAUGUGGAUGACGCGAGUUUUCAAGCGUUAGAGUGUUUGUGGCUGGUAAUGAGAGAUCUAGAGACAAACAUAUCGGGCUGGUGUCACGACUGGUGCUAUCUUACAAUACAGACGCUAUCGAUUCUGUUGACCACUAUGCAAGCCUAGAAACACAUGAUAUUGCCGAACAUCCGAAAUCAGGCUUGCCGAAA